UUAAAUUAAUGCAGUUGCGAAUUUUAGCAAGUGGACUGAUGUAUUUCGCGGUGAUUAAAGUGAUAUUACUUUGUUGAUUAAUGUUAAAUAAGUAAAGAGAAGGCAGAAUGACCACCGACAAAGGUUUCGAACUGGUGCGGGAGUUGACGCGGUCCACCGAAACGAUUCCUCCGUUUAAUGAUGAUGGCGUUCGUUCCGUUUUGGAGAUCAUAACAGAAACUUACGAUAGCAACUACACCCUUGCGACAACCUACAACCAGUCGGGCGAGCGCAGGUUCUAUCCGCUGAUUCUGUACCGGCACAAGCUGAUCGGUCGCCAGAAGCGCUGCCUGAUGGCCUAUCUGUACAACCGGCUGCAAAAGCUGAAGAAGGUCCGGUGGCAUCUGGGGGCGACCCUGCCCCAGGACAUCAAGGCCAACCUCACGGAACCGGAGCUGCAGUGGUUCAACAACUAUUCCAAGAUUCUCGCCAGCUACAUGAUGACGAUCGGGGACGGCCAAGGGCUGAAUCUGACCAACGACAUCAAACCGCCAAAGUCCCUGUUUAUCGAGGUUCGCUGUUUGACCGAUUACGGGAAAUUCGAGCUGGAAAGUGGCGAGAUCGUGCUGCUGAAAAAGAACAGUCAGCAUUACUUGCCAAAGCUGCAGUGCGAGUCGCUCAUUCGGCAGGGAAUUCUGCAGCACAUCGUUUGAUAAGGAGGUAAAUUAAAGGAUAAAUAUAAUUUUAUUGGUAAAAAAACGAAUGGUAAUUUGGCUGAGAAAUUCCUAUGGGAAAACAACAACUGCUUACCAUAUGCGGGAAGUUCGCCGAGGAUUUCCACGGUUCGAGAGAGACAGAUAGAGAGACAAAGAGGUGGGCAAUAAAUUAUUUAAAGAGGCAAACAAACCCAAAACCGAAGAAAAGAAAUCCCAAAGUCAUAAACAUAAACGGCACAAAUCAUCUGGCCAGCUUCUGCUUGGCUGGGUAGAAAAUCUCCCCCCGAAGAUCAUCCCUCCCUGGCGCCAGUAUCUCUGGUCAACGAGGGAAAAUUUAGAAAUUAUUUUAUUUACUUAAUAACUACGAAUAGGAUUACCUAUUCUUC